CCCUUAACAUAAACGGCUUCUUUCCAGAUGGAGGCGAGCACCGGCCAGGUGGUGGUGCUGCGAGAGGUAGAGCUGGCCACCUCCGGCAGGUACAAGUGCGAGGUGCUGGCGGAGGCUCCGGCCUUCAACACCCUCGUGGAGCACGCCAUCCUCACCGUCGUGGAAAUCCCGCAGGAGAAGCCGAUCGUGCAAGGCGCCAGAGAACGCUACCACCCCGGGGACAUCGUAAGGAUCAACUGUACCUCUGCACCCUCCAAGCCCGCUGCCACACUCACCUGGUACAUCAACGACCAGGUGGCGCCAGAACGGUACUUGAUCCGCUACUUGCCCUACAUGGACCAGGAAGGGUUGGAACAGUCCACUCUGGGUCUCCACUUCCACGCCACACACGACCACUUCCCCCAAAACAUGAUGUCCCUCCGCUGCACCGCCUCCAUCGGCUUCUUCUACAACAAGACAGAGGAAGCUUCCCUUGAGACACACCGCCCCGCCCUGUCUCUGCAAAGUCGCGAGCAUUUCUACGGCAGCCUUGGUGCCCCACGUACCGCCUACUCCGUUGGACUAACCCUUCUCCUUCUGCUCCUCCUGCACGCCCUCAGAUAAAUGCUGUUUGUUGGUCAGUGAAGGUAAAGGGAUCAGAUGACUUCGCCAUCACCAAGACAAUGUUGGAAUCUCUGGUUUCAGGUAGUGGCUUACAGAGAUAAAUAACAUUUGUGGAAGUCCGGAUGCGCCAGUGAUGUGGAUGACACCACAGCAUUUCUAACAUCGUAAAAAAAAGAAGAAUGAGUAAAGAUAAAAGCAUCAAGGAAAAGCAGCAGCCGUACGAGCUAUACGGCGGCGACAGCAGCAGGAGCACCAGAAGCAGCAGCAAGACACAACAGAGUAACAGGAAAGGAAACUUCAACAAUACAAGGAUCCCCACCGACCGUGACGUAACUCUAAGGAGCCUGCAGAGACUCAUAACAGACCGUUCAGAGGCAAUGGAUUGAAGCCUAUCAGUGUUGUGUUAUACUGAAGGUAGUGUUAGGUUGUGUGUCGUUACCCUUCACCCCAUGCCUCCUGGCCCCAUCUCAAGGGCCAGCACCCAGUACCCUCCAGCCCCUGUGCAGCCCCUCCCCACUAGCCCAGCCCAGUCGCUCCCCGGUCAUUGUCUGGCCGCCAAACAAACACUGUGACGGACGCUACUCGGCUCCAGUGUUGCCAGAAGCCUCGCCCCACGCCUUCGGUGCGUCACAGCUGAGGUGGGGCGGGGCGGGCUCUACAGGAUCCGUCACAGCGCAUUUAACGAUUUCUUUUUAAGAAGCAUUACAACAAAGUGCUCGAUGUGGCUACCGGCCGUGGUCGUUUAGCAAGGCGGCCAUUAUGGAACAAGACGACGGAGUUUCUCGUGCGGGUCGGGUCGCCGCGCCCCCGCACGCCGGCACUGCCGAGUGUCGGGACCCCAUGUAGCUCAUCUUUGUGAUCUUGUGACCCCUUCCGGUGUGUGUGUGUGUGUGUGUGUGUGUGUGUGUGUGUGUGUGUGUGUGUGUGUGUGUGUGUGUGUCUGUCAAUCUGUGUGUGUGUGUGUGUGUGUGUGUGUGUGUGUGUGUGUCAACUUGUGUGUGUGCGUGUGUGUGUGUGUGUGAUCAAACCAGUGCGUGAUUACUUUUUUCCCUCGAGGAUGAUAAAUGUACCAGAUGGCUUCUGACCAAAGAGAUACAUAAAAGAACGAUACGUCAGAUAAGACACUAAACACGCUCAAGGGUGAAGUAAAAGUGGUACUGAUAAAAGUGAACAUAUGAAUAGAUAACUCAGUUCUUAGUACCUCUUUGAAUCACUAUUCGAAAAACAACUGAUCAUGGUGUGUACGUUCCCCCGAAAAUCCGAAAUUGUUACCUAAUGAGUGAAGAAAAGAGAACAAGAAGUGUCGUGACAUUGAAAUCUCGCUGGGUGUCCAAGCAUUACAGACUCAGCCUCAACGGUGGGUAGGAAAUACUGAAGAUGUGCUAAAGUGUAAGUGUGACCCCUGGAGUCCAUAAACCACACCACACACACACCUGGACUCUUUUAGUGUGUGUGUGUGUGUGUGUGUGUGUGUGUGUGUGUGUGUGUGUGUGUGGUGUCCAUACAAAAGUGCGUGUAAUGUUAUCGUGUGAUAUGUAGGAUUAUAUUUAUUCAUAAGAAACUUGAAUAUGUUAAACUUUAUAUAAUAUAUAUAUGUAUGUGUAUAGAUGGAUAUGUCGUAAUAUAUAUACCCGAGACAGAGGGUCGAACUGUGCCGGGAGAGCUAAUGUCACAGCCACUGCAGCCACUACGGGAUUACAACUGUUGCUGCCAGUCUAUUGUGUGUGUGUGUGUGUGUGUGUGUGUGUGUGUGUGUGUGUGUGUGUGUGUGUGUGUGUGUGUGUGAGGGGCAGGAGGAGGAGGAGGAGGAACAGGAGGAGGAGAGGAAGCAUCACGGACACUGCCAUGCACCCCUCAGCUGACCCCUCGCCCCAAUGGGUUGCGAAUCGUAACGAAUUAUUUUUUGCCUAAACAAACGCAGAUCUGAUCGCUCGGAAUGCUCGUUCGCCAGGAAUUUAAUCAAUCAGACUCGCUUUGGACCCCCGAGAGUGAAAACACAAUAAAUGUUUGUGUCGCCCUGAAAACGAAGCUCUCUGUUGAAGCUGUCCACGGAAGGGCCCUAAGAUUCCUUUGGGUAGGGAACAGGGAAGGGGUGGAUGGAUGAUGGAUGAUGGUGUCACGUGAUCCUCCUCCUCCUCCUCCUCCUCCUCCUCCGCUUCCUUCUUAUCUCCACCUCCACCCAUUCCAUAAUCGUCCGUUUCUUCCCUCGUUCCCCUUCCUUUGUUCAUUUUCUUACUAUUGAUGAGCAUUUCUUUAUACAGUAUUAUACAUUAUUUGGAGUGGUGACGCUUCUACUUCUUUCCCUCUCCUCCUCCUCCUCCUUCCGAUCGACCUCCUUUUCUCGAUUCAUAACUUUUCCAUUUUUUUCUGCAGUAUAAUUUAUAUUUAAGGAGGCAUAAAGAUUGAGAUACAUCAUUCUACUCCUUUUCCUCCUCCUUACUUUAUCGUUUCUUACUUCCCUGGCUCUUAUCCACACCUCCAAUUGGUACUCUACCUUCCCUAAUUGCUUUUCUCUCUUCAGUACUGAGACGGAUGAGAUUCACAGUGAUUAAAUGCAUGGUGGUGAGACGCCAUUUUCCUUCCUCUUCGUCACUUACCUCUACUUAUUCCACAGACACCAAGCUAGAUUUCUGAGCCGCUUCCUUCUCUUACUUUUGCCCCCUUAUAAGUGCUCAGUUUCUCUAUUCACCUUAGGGAGUUACUGUGGAGGGAGGGAUGAGGGAUGCACGGUGGUGGUAGGUUCCGCUUAUACUUAUACUCUUGCUUUUCCUCUUUCCUUGGUUCUCACUCCCUCUCCCGCAAUGUCGAUUCUCCUGGUUACAUCGAUUUAAUUCCCUUGUUUUCCAUACUGUAAAUUUUUCACGUGUUUUCUACCUUUUUCUUCUUCUUUCUCCUCCUCCUCCUCAUCAUCAUCAUCAUCCUCAUCCUUCUCCUCCUCUUCUUCUUUCUUCACUUCCUCAUUAUCAUCUUCUUCUUCUUCUUCUUCUUCUUCUUCUUCUUCGCCUUCAUCAUCUCCACCUUCUUCAUUUUCACCGUCUCCAUCUUCUCUUUCUCCUCUCCUUACUUUCUUCUACUCCUUUUCUCUGCUCAGUCUUCCCACUCUUCUUUCAUCACUACCACUCAUCCAUUUCUACGCUCGUCUUUUUUUUUUCUUGGCCGCGUUCGUCGCCCUUUCCAUCUUCAUCAAGGGAAGGAGUAUAAGGGAGUGAGAGAGUGGGAAAGCUCGCACGCGCCCGACACCACUCCUACACCUACCUACUACCUGCUGCUUACCUACUAAUGCACAACCAAUGGCCUCGGUAACAGCUACGAAACUGUAUUCUCGAGACAAAAGUCAUUGCUGCACAGAAGAUGCGUCCCCUCAUUUUCGAUUGACUGAGGCGAUGUGAAAGGGAACGCCACUUCUGCUCGACUUUUUUUUAUUCUUUAUUCAGCGUAUUUUUAUUUCUCCGUUUUUUCUCUGUCUCUGUCUCCAUCUCUCUCUCUCUCUCUCUCUCUCUCUCUCUCUCUCUCUCUCUCUCUCUCUCUCUCUCUCUCUCUCUCUCUCUCUCUCUCUCUCUCUCUCUCUCUCUCUCUCUCUCUCUCUCGCUUCCAUCUACCUAAUUCCUUCUCAAUCUCAUCUUUUUCAUCUUUUCGUCCUUAUCUUUCAAAUAGUUCGUCUGAUCUUGUUGUUAUUUUUGUUUUUAUUAUGAUUCUUCCUCCUACUCCUCCUCCUCCUCCUUUUCCGCUUCAUCAUCAUCAUCAUCAUAAUUAUAUCAUAACUCUUUUCCUCAUUCCCUUUCAUUUCUUUUAUCUUAUCCUCUAUCUACUCAUCCCCGCUUCAUUACUUUCCUUCCAUUUUUCACUUUUCUUUACUUCUUCCUCCUCCUCCUUUCCCUUCUUUUUCCGAUCCGUCUAUAUUUCUUCUUAAAUUGUUCACCUGACGCCUUUGUCUCUCCUAACACCAAACUCUAGUACUUUUACUCGACCCAUCCAUCAAAUCCUUUUAUCAGUGUGCCCUCAGUGACUUCCUCAUCCUCCAUAUCCUCUUUCUUACCUCGCUCCCCUACGCGCUCUCUCCUUCUUUCUUCUGUCCACCAAUGCGACGAAACCCGCUCCUGAAGCAUAUUAGUUUUUUUUCCUCUCUUAAAUCACCUACCAUAUUUUUUCUACACCUCCGCCACCAGCCACUGCCCGCCUUCCUCCUUCUCCUCCUUCUUAGCAACAGUUAUUCGUGUCAUUAUCCAGAGACUAAUGGGCUUAGGGGAGUGGACAUUCAUUGGGAUAUUACGGGAUAAAGUGAGGGAGUUGAGAUGAGAGUGGAGAAGCUGCGUGUGUGUGUGUGUGUGUGUGUGUGUCUGUGUGUGUGUGUGUGUGUGAGUGAGUGAAAGAGUUCGAAACAGCGUGUGCUAAAGACGAUAUAGUAAUAGCGAAUAGUGUAGAGGUGGUUACUGAAGUAGAUGUAGUUAAGGAAGAGAGAGGAAAAGUAGUAAGGAAUGUAGAUAAAAACACGUUCUAUUCAGCCAGCGAAAGAAAGAAGGAAUGGAUCACGGAAGUCUAAAGAAACGAAUUACGCAUAAGAGUCAAGUUUACACGGCUCUUAAAGUAAUGAAGCCGAGAGAGGAAGAGAAAGAGAUAGAGAAGAAAGAAAGAAAGAGGUCACAUAAGAUACGAGUAGGAGAGAGAACGCUUGGGACGCACAACUCGAUGCUACAUUCAUGAAAAAAAAAAGAAGGAAAUAACAAAUCCAGGCACUGAGAGAAAGAGAAAAGGUGUAUGUAUGCAUGUAUGGGAGAAGCAACAAGAGACUGAGAAAGAAAGAGAAAGCAGGGAAUGAGGGAGAGGGGGGAAAGGAGACGGAGGGAGGAAAAGAGCAGGGGAAAGGAGGGGAGUUGGGGAUGACGGUGUAUGUAUGCAUGAAUGUAUGUAUGGGAGAAGCAACAAGAGAGAGAGAAAGAGAACGCAGGGGAGGGAUGGGGUAAAGGGGACGGGGGAAGAGAAAGAGCAGGGGAACGGAGCGCGGAGGGGGAGGGGGAGCCACAGUUAGGUUAGGGGCGUCGUUUCAUCCUUUCCAACUCAAUCAAAGUUUAGUGGAGCAUCGCAGCGAGACAAAGGCUGGGGGAGAUCACUCAUCCCUCGAGGCAUGGGGGGAGGGAGGGGGGAGAAGACGAGGAGGAGGAGGAGGAAGAGGAGGAGGAAAGAUGAGGGAGGAGGGAGAGCGCGUGAGAACAGGGAGGUGAGGGGAUGGAAAGUUUUAAGAAGUGUGUUUGAAGAAGAUGAGAUGAGACAAUGCAAAAAAAGAGUGUACACAGCGCGGGAAGAAUAGCAGGACAGAGAAAAGGAAGAUAAUAGUAUAAUCAAAAGACUUUAGAGAGAUGGAGGGAUAGAGACUUGUAUGGACCAAUCAGAAGUGGAGGUGGGCGGAAGUGGAUGAGUGUGCGAAGAGACGGAAAGAAGGGGUGGAGGGAGAAGAAAGAGUAAAUGAGGGAGAGAGGAAGAAAGCCAACAUCGGAAAGUAUGGAGGAAAAUCCGGUCAAUAUGAUAAUAAUAAUCCAACGUCAGUAGACUCAAGAAAAUCUGAAGUGAUUACAAGGGAAAUAAUCAAGACGUGGAAGAGUGUGUGUGCGUGUGUGUGUGUGUGUAUGUGUGUGUGUGUGUGUGUGUGUGUGUGUGUGUGUGUGUGUGUGUGUGAGAGAGAGAGAGAGAGAGAGAGAGAGAGAGAGAGAUACACAGACAGACAGACAGACAGAGAGACAGAUAGACAAACAGACAGGCAAUAUAUUCAAUCAUAAAAAUGGUAAAAGAAAGGUAGUCGGAGAAUAUGAAAGAAAUUUCGAAAAAAAGAAAAAUGGAAAAGGUGCCUACCAUUUCUUUCUCGAUUUCUAACAACACAGAAGUGAAAAUUGUCAUAUAAUACUUUGAUAUACGAGAAACUUUAAGACUGACUCUAUUCCUCACUUUCCUUCCUUAUUACUUCAUCACACACACACACACACACACACACACACACACAAGACAAAGCAAUGAUCUUUCUCCCACCACCCUCUCCCUCCCUAUCCCGGCCCCAUUUUUCUCUUCAAAACUCAAAACUCUCUCUUCUUUUCUACCCUCCUCCUCUCACUCCCCCGCUACCUCACCCACCGUCACGUCCGGAACCCCCGAGAACAAGCCGUGAAAGAAAACACAAACUGCCGCUUCAAAGGAGGAUAACAAGGACGAACAAACACACGGGAGCGGGUCGUCAUCAGUCCUCGUAGACAUCACUUUCCACAACAUUACAACAGAUCAGAGUUUGGAUACACUAAAACCUCCGCGAUGAGGGUGCGGCUGCCUCCUCCUCUUCUUCCUCUUCUUCCUCCCUCCUCCUUUUCCUCGCCCUACUCAUGUCUAUAUAUUGUCCUACUUUUUUUUUCUUUUCAUCUUUUUUUUUCUUUUUUUUCCUUCUUCUUCUUCUUCUUCUUCCGUUUCUUUUUCUUCUUCAUCCUAUUCCUUUUCUUCCUUUUCUUCCUUCCCUUCCUCCUCCUCCUCCUCCUCCUCCUCCUCCUCCUCCUCCUCCUCCUCCUCCUCCAAAUAUCGAGGAGCUUUCAUCUGCUCCUCAAGUCCCAAGUGGCUGUCGAACAGAUUAAAUCACCAAAGCGGGCGACCUCGUAAUGAACCAAUAGGCUUUCUGUUGCCUGCAUUUCCAUGUUUCCAUGUUUCCUCUUCAUCCCUCUUCUUUCCUCUGCAUCUCGCUACACGUUUCAACUCUUUCAUUCCAUCCACUCCACUCUGCACCGGUCCUUCUACACCUCUAUAUCACCCCCAUACCUCUCCCUUCAGUCUUCAUCCUCACCUGUGCCCGCCGCCUGCAACGUCCUGCACACACCUGUCUGACAAGUCAAUUAACGGAGUACCUCUGGGAAACAGCGACCCCCUGUCUUAUGUGAGCUUUACCGUGUGUGUGUGUGUGUGUGUGUGUGUGUGUGUGUGUGUGUGUGUGUGUGUGUGUGAGAGAGAGAGAGAGAGAGAGAGAGAGAGAGAGAGAGAGAGAGAGAGAGAGAGAGAGAGAGAGAGAGAGAGAGAGAGAGAGAGAGAGAGAGAGAGAGAGAGAGAGAGAGAGAGAGAGAGAGAGAGAGAGAGAGAGAGAGAGAGAGAGAGAGAGAGAGAGAGAGAGAGAGAUAUGCUUCAAGAACAGCCUUCGUAAGCUUAUCAACACCUCUUAUGAAAGACCCGCUGAACCCUCGAUCCUCUCCUUUCCGUGGUAGUUUUAACUCUGUAGUGUUUGCGUGAGGAGGGGGGGGAUGUUCGUCCUCCCGCACCACACUGUCGCUGUAUACAUGUAAAUAACUAUCACCACGUAGCUGCCUAGGCGAGGACGGGGUGUACGAAGCCUACACCCCCGCACCUAAUGCACCUUGUAACUAUUUUUAUUUUUACUUUUUAUUCUGGAUCAGUGAUUACUAAGGUCGACUAUUCUCCACGCAAAAUAAGGUGGAGUUUAUAGUUUGCUUAUUUUCUUAUCGUAGGAGAUACAUGUACUGUAUUUCACAACCUUGUAUUUUCUCUCGUUUCUUCAUAGGCAGAGCUUUUGGGUUUCCUGUCCUAAUGGUCGUGCGGUGACAGGCCGUUAUGUUUGUGGUGAUUGACGACAACUUUUUACAGAGCUCAGAAAAAAAAUAUAUAAUAGCCUUUGGUCGUCCUUUUAGUCACUGCAGGUUGAUCAAUGUAUGUCACUGGGAACUACUCAAAGAAUAAAAUAUUAAUUGCUA